CCCUAGCAUGAUCCUCAAUAUAAUUCAGGGUUCUGUCUUCUCCAUCUUCUUCUUCAGUUUGGCGCAGUCGCUGAGAGCACACACAGAGAGUAAAGAGUUCUCUUCCUUCCACCAGCCACCAUGGGGCGUAUGCACAGUCGCGGUAAGGGUAUUUCCAGUUCAGCUCUUCCUUACAAGAGGACUCCACCCAGCUGGCUCAAGAUCUCAUCUCAGGAUGUUGAGGAGAAUAUCUGCAAGUUUGCCAAGAAAGGUCUUACUCCAUCACAAAUUGGUGUUAUUCUUCGUGAUUCUCACGGAAUUGCUCAGGUGAAGAGUGUCACCGGAAGCAAGAUUUUGCGUAUAUUGAAGGCCCAUGGUCUUGCUCCUGAAAUACCUGAAGAUCUAUACCACUUGAUCAAGAAGGCUGUCUCAAUCAGGAAGCACUUGGAGAGGAAUAGGAAGGACAAGGACUCUAAAUUCAGGUUGAUUUUGGUAGAGAGCAGGAUCCACCGCCUUGCACGUUACUACAAGAAGACCAAGAAGCUUCCACCCGUAUGGAAAUAUGAAUCAACAACCGCCAGCACCCUUGUGGCUUAGAGUGAGUUGUUCAGUGAUAGUAUCAGGUUCUACCUUCAAUGUACUUUUUGAUAAGCAGACCUAGUUCUUUGGUACCAUAUUAUGUCUUGGAAUUUUUGGAACACAUGAAAAUUUGUGAUACAACUUUGUUCUCGUGGUAAUAGUUUUGAUGAUGGAUUUUGUUCUGAUUAA